AUGUCUCAAAAUUCUAAUGAAGCCAACAUUGUGGAGCCCGUUCUUGUGUGCCCUUACAAUCCGUCGCAUCAAAUACUCAGAAGCCGAAUGCAGUAUCAUUUGGUAAAAUGCCAGAAAAAUCAUCCCUCAACAGAAAAGGUAAUAUGUCCAUUCAACGCUACUCAUCGGAUUCCUCGGCCUGAAUUGCAGUAUCACAUCGCUACUUGCCCAGAAAGGCGUAUUGUCGAGGAACAAAAAUAUGUGACACAAGAUGAAUCUGUGGAUUCAGUGGAUGGCAAUAAACCUGGUUUAGUACCGUAUUACAUGCCCCGUGUACCACCAUGUGAAGAGAAUUGGGACGACUUUCAUGGAAAAGGGUAUGACCCUGCUACUUUGACAAUUAAAAAACCGAUUCUUCGAAAUUUACCAGGAGCUACAAAAUCUGAAAGAAAAAAGUUUCGUCUCAUGGAAAGGAGGCGUGUGCAAAUGUUGAGUUCUGGAGAAAUAGUCGAGGAUGAACAAUCUGACCAAUCUAUUAUCAGCAGCGAGAAUAUUCGCCGCCCAAAAUGGGAUUCUGCGAUGGCACAGACUUUGCGUCUCGGAAUGGGGCGAGGAACUAUUUCUGCGGAUUGUCGCCGUUAA